CAGGGUGAGCAACCUCACAAUUACUACAGCCCCUGAAAGCAGCAGCUGAUCCAAGCGCUCGGAGAGAAAGAAGAAGAAGAAGAAAAAAAAAAGAACAGAGAAAGGGAGAGAGAGUGUUUAGCCUUGUACCUCUGGCCUGUGAGCUGUGGCUCUGUGUCACACAUGGCGCUCCGGGUGGUCUGGCUCCUGGUCGCGCUGUCCGGCGUCCUGAAGCUGCGCUCCUGCUGCGCUUAUACCUGUCCGGCCAUCUGCCGCUGCAGCGCCGACACCUUCCAGUGCAGCCGAGACACUCAGCUGGCCUCCGGCACCGCAGCAACAUCUGCGCUGCGACUGAGGCUCACCCAGCUGCCCUUGAAACAAGUCCCCACUCACGCCUUCAAGGAGCUGAUCAACAUUACCAUAAUAGAGAUCUCCCAGAGUGACUGCAUCACACAUAUUCAGAGGCACGCCUUCUUCUCUCUCCACAGUCUGGCGCAGAUCUCGGUGCAGAAUAUCAACAGUCUGAGGGUUAUUGAAAGGGGGGCCUUCACUGACCUGCCCCGGCUGGAAUAUUUAAGCAUCUCAAACACAGGCCUAACACACUUCCCAGACUUGACAACUAUAUCCACCCUGGCAUCAAAUAUUAUCCUAGAAAUGGCAGACAACAUGAGGAUCGACAUCAUUCCUGCCAACUCCUUCCAGGGCAUCACAAAGGAGUACGUCGACAUGAACCUGGUUAGGAACGGCUUCAAGGAAAUAAAAUCCCAUGCUUUCAACGGGACCAAGCUCAACACUCUAGUAUUGAGAGGCAACAGGAACCUCCAUCACAUUCAAGAGGAUGCUUUUGAAGGAGCCACGGGCCCAAGCUAUCUAGAUGUUUCAUCCACGGCUCUCGAUUCCCUGCCGAGUAAAGGCUUGAGUCAAGUGCGAUCUCUGAAAGCCACGUCUGUGUUCGCUCUCAAGAGCCUCCCGCCGUUGGACGGCCUCGCCGAGCUGCUGGAGGCCGAGCUCACUUACCCGAGCCACUGCUGCGCCUUCCACACGUGGCGCAGGAAACAAAGGGAAAGUGCCUCAAGGAACGUUACAACGUUUUGUGAUCUCAGCAAAUCAGGAACGGAGCCAACUGACGAUGGGAUGAACCUCGUCAACGACAUAAACUUUCAAUACCCAGACCUGGAGUUUGGUUGCCACAGCAGCCCUUUUGUGAUGUGCACGCCAAAGCCGGACGCCUUCAACCCCUGCGAGGACCUGCUGGGGUUCCCCUUCCUGCGCUGUCUCACCUGGCUGAUCACGGUCUUCGCCGUGGCCGGCAACCUCGCCGUUCUGGUCAUCCUGCUAAUUAGCCACCACAAGCUGACCAUCUCCAGAUUCCUCAUGUGCAACCUGGCCUUCGCCGACCUGUGCAUGGGGCUCUACCUGAUGCUGAUCGCCUUCAUGGACUUCAACUCGCGCCACGAGUACUACAACCACGCCACGAGCUGGCAGACGGGUCUGGGGUGCAGCACGGCCGGCUUUUUGACCGUGUUCGCCAGCGAGCUGUCGGUGUACACGCUGACCGUCAUCAGCCUGGAGCGCUGGCACACCAUCACCAACGCCAUGCACGUCAACAAGAGGCUGCGGCUGCACCACGUGGCGGCGCUGAUGGCGGCGGGCUGGGGCUUCUCUCUGCUCGUGGCCCUGCUGCCUCUGGUGGGCGUGAGCAGCUACGGCAAAGUGAGCAUCUGCCUGCCCAUGGACAUCGACACCGUGGGCUCGCAGAUCUACGUGAUGGCCGUGCUCGUCCUCAACGUGGUCGCCUUCCUGGUCGUCUGCUUCUGCUACAUAUGCAUCUACCUGAGCGUCCACAACCCGGAGCACUCCACCCGCCACGGCGACACGAAGAUCGCCAAGCGCAUGGCCGUGCUCAUUUUCACCGACUUCCUGUGCAUGGCGCCCAUCUCCUUCUUCGCCAUCUCGGCCGCCCUAAGAAUGCCCCUCAUAACCGUGUCCCACUCCAAAAUCCUGCUGAUUCUUUUUUAUCCCAUCAACUCCCUCUGCAACCCCUUCCUGUACACCAUCUUCACGCGGGGCUUCAGGAAGGACGUGUGCCGGCUGCUGAGCCACUGCGGCUGCUGCGACGCCAACUCUGAUUUCUACAGAUCACAGACGGUGGCGUCGCAGCACACCUGCACCAACAAAGUGGCCGACAGAAAACCUCCCUCGCUGAGCUUUUACGCCUAUCACCUUAAGAUGAAGGGCUGCUUUCUGAGCAAGGGGGCCACAUGACUGUCAGCGCGCAGAUUGGGAGCUCAGAGGCAACAUCUGCUCGCUGGAGAGGCGGCAGUUAAGGUCACGGCGGAGAGAUUGCCAAUGUCAUGCAUUGCAAAUGUCUGAGAAAAUCUUGCCUGGUUUAUUUUUGCAAACUGGAGGAUUUGGUUCAUUUGAACCAAGAGAUUAGAAGGUGAGGAAAGUUUUGUUGCAUCUUUGUUUUUUGUUUUUUACUCCACGUGUAGGUAUUGUACAAAUAAAUCAGUUGGCAGAGAACAACCAAAAGUAGCUCGCUAAAGAUGUUUAAAGCAGAUCACCGUCUGGUUGUGCCGUUGUACAUUAUUGGGACAAUUAAAGUGGUUGUCAAAGGUUAACAAACCUCUGUUAACAUUUUUGGAUAUUUGUAAAGGAAUUAGACGAUUGGGGAUUUAUUGCAAAACUGUUUCCACCCUGAAUGUGAAACAUCUUCUGCACAACUGAAAAAAAUAAAAAUAUAGGCUACAAUAACCCGGCUGCAUAGCUGAACACACUUUCAAGCUAAUGCUUGGAUGAAAAUAAUAUUUUGAUUGGACUUAGGGUCACACAAUGUGCCUUGCAACAAAUAGGUUUCCAAAUAAUUGAAUAAUCUUAGCAAACAAGACUCCUGAUAAUGAUUACCCUCUAAAGAACCUAAUAUUUUCCUUUUAACAAGGUUUUAUUGGAGAAGUUAUGUCUGGCAUCUGAAAUCAAAAGAACAGCUUUGGUGAAAUAAAAUUGUUUUUCUCCAAAACCGACUAAUUAGAUUGGGAAAACCUUUAGAAGACGGAGUUGGUAAAUAUUACAGAGUAUAGACUUUUCCUCCUGAUAGACUCAUACACCAGGGAGAAUAACUCCAAGCACUUUGAACCGUCUUGUUACUGAAAUUGCUUAAUAAAUAAACUUGCCGUGCCUUCAGCAAGUAUUGGGUUAUGGGUGGGUAAACUUAAACAAGUCCAAACAUCUGUUUUACCUCAUCUCCUUUGAUGGACACCAUUUUAGUUGAAUAGCAGAGAAUAUAUGCCACAUUAAAGGUGGAAACAGGUUUAAAAAGAUUUGUUUCUCAUUUUGUAUGUUAAACACUUGGCCUUGUCAUAAGGACGCAUACAUAUUUGAGAUCCACUGGAAAUCCAUUAAUGUUUUAAGAUUUAUUCAUGUUGAAGCAAGACAUUUACCUUUGUAUAUAACGAAAAAGACAUUUUUUUAAAUGGUUUUCUUUAAAGGUGAAUUUUAAGCGUCACCCUUUGGGCGCUUCUGUGUGCAGUCAGGAGACAUUUUGACAGGAGUGUUUGAAGAAUGCUGUCAUACCAGCAAUUUGUUUUAUUUAACUAAUAAAAUUGUCAUUUACCUUCGA